AGUUAUUUUCUCUGUAGCCAACUAUCACCAUGACAAUGGCAGAGCAGUGCUGCAAUCUCUCAAACAGGAACCUCACAGAUUACAUUCCUCCCACUAAAUUACGUUACAACACCUUGAUUCUGGAUAACAACCUUCUAACCAACAUUAAGAAUGUGAAAUACUGUAACUCACUGCGCCAGCUGUCAGCUUGCUAUAACGAAAUAGAGGAUAUGAGUCCUGUUGGUUACCUGCAAAACUUGAAACUUCUGCAUUUAAUUGAUAAUGUCAUAAACAAAAUCACAGGAGUAGGGGAAUGUUCCAAACUAGAGGAGCUAUCUUUAUCCAGGAACUGCCUCCAAAGCUUCACUGGGUUGCACCACUGCACCUCUCUUACCAAGAUAGACCUGUCUUAUAACAGUAUCAAUACUCUCGCUGAUAUCUCCUCUCUUACAUCUCUUAGGGAACUAUAUCUGCAUGGUAACGAGAUAACAACUCUAGAGUCAGCUCCACUGUGCCUACCUGUCUGUCUGUCUGUCUUAUCUCUUGCUGAUAACAGAAUAUCUGAUAUCGGACAACUUGCUUAUCUAACCAGACUCAGGGUUCUGGAGAGGUUGAGUUUGGCGGAUAACAACUGUGCUAACAACUGUGCAUCACCCUACCAGAUAUUCGCUGUGAUGUGCUGUCCAAGUGUGGAGUUUAUUGACCACGAGCCUCUUGCACCGGAUACAAGGGAACAUGCUAGAAAGUUGGAGAAGAAGAUGCUGAUCUCUGGUGAAGCAUCAUUUUCUGCUAUCAGAGAUGAAAGGCCGAGGGUAAGAGAAAGAUCAAAGACAGAUGUUUCACAGUCACCCACCAAAGAGAACCAACCCUUUGCUGCCAAUGUCCGGGACGUCAGGCCUCCAGUUGUUGAUAGUCCUGAUGACAUGUCGGGUGGGGGAUCUGUAAACACUGCUUACGAUGAAUACAACAAUCGCCCUGCGUCAUCUGCUAUGCCACGAGUCCGAGCCAGACGAAGUUCUCUUGUUCAAAGCCCCUUCUCUCCUCCUAUUGAGCCUGAUGGACCACCUGUUGGAAGAAGGGGAAGAUCCAAAUCCGUGUUCACUUCUCCCUCUUCUUGCAGAUUCGAGCAUCUCGAGCAAGAAAUGGACAGUGAGAGUGUAUACUUAAACAUCUCAGACGACUUCAGCAAGUGUUUGAACGUAACUCCCGAACUUCCCGAGGAGAAUGAAGCCCUCAUCUCACCCUUGGAGAGGAGUGGUUCAUCAGAAGGUGCUGUUUCUCUACAGUCUGAAGAAGCAGUUACUGAGUUACGACGGUCGUCAGGAAGUGACAGACUUGUGGUUCUCCCUGAAUUCUUAUUUGACCUUCCUGAUCUUACCCUUCUGUCUCAACAAGAGAUUGGAGGAGUUGUAAAGAUUCAGUCAGUUUGGAGGGGUUACCGCAGCAGGAAACAGAAUAAGAAUUUGAUAAUGUCACUAGCUGUUUGGCGGUAUCAGACACACUACUCCGUCAUGACAGAGCAGAUCAGCCAACUAACGUCAGAUCUUAAUCGGGAGAGACAAUUAUCGUCUUUAUACCGAGAGAUGCUGUACAAGAUGGCAGGGAUGCUGAAAGAACAAAAACCCACUACUCGGUCCAGACUCACUCAAACUAAAAGAGUCGCAAGUUCUGACUCACACACUCAAACUCAAGGACUCAUAUCGACCCUCCUCGCUUCCUUCGCUGUAGAUACUCUCCACGAGGACGUCCAGGAACAUUCUAGUGAGGACUCCGACACUGACUCCUCUCAAGACAUCAGUUCUAGAUCUAGUAAAACAGAAGGAGUUUCCAACAUGAACCGGGCUGGUGAAAUUACCCCGAAGAUUAAAACAAACGAGAACAGAACAAUGUAUGGGACUGAAUUCAGCCGUGAGCAUCCAAUAGGGUCGAUCGACAACUCUGGAUACAAUUAUUCUAAUUCUAUUAACAAGAAAGUUGAAAGCGCUUCAGACUCUACUAAUGGGUUCUCUUCUGAUAGCAACUAUUCUCGAGAUCCAUCGAAUUCAGGAGUUUCCCAGAAUAUGACAGCUAAUUCCUGUUCCGUAUCUAAAUAUGCCGAACUGAAAAAGCAAUUUGAAUCACCUGAUCAUCUCGCUAAGAUUAGAAGCGUUUCAGCUGGUGAUACAAACACUUCUACUGAAGUUGCAGCUAGCUUUAUCAGAAAUUCAAUUGAUUCUCUGAGAAACUCUCUAGCUCGAAACAAAAACUCUCCGUCCAAACUUGAAUUAUCACCAAACAAUUUAAAUUCGUUAUCCAGCAGUAAUGGACACGAGCCUAUACAAGAUCAUGAUUUUAUCGUGGAUCAAUUCAAAUCUGCAGAAGACAUUAGAAACGAGUCAGCAAAUUGACAUGAUAUUACUUCAAAUUUUUUGUAUUUUUCAUUGUUUAGGUUGACAUUUUGUCAGUGAUUUAAAUCAUAAAUCUUUGAAUGCCGUAAUCCCAGCCUGGAUGUCAAAUAGUGAUCGUUUUUGUAUAUGUGUUGAUCAAUCGUAAGGGAUUAUAAUUGUGUAUUUGUACCAUAAAAUUUGUUAUAUGACAUACAUUUU